AUGGAUUGUAACGACGAAAAUUCCACUCCCGAAGAGUCCUUAAAUCCUGUGAAUAACAGUGAAGAACCGUGUUCAAGAAGUAACGUGGACGCAGGGGAUUUAGACGAAGAAACCAUCCAGAAGCUUCGAGGAGAUACAAUAGGAGACACUUUAUACAGCCAGUCCUUUGUGCUUAAAACCCUAUUGCAGUUCUCCGAUGGGAAAUGGAGCGAACAAUUCGAAGAAGAUUUGUGCUUCAUGUGGGACAUGACAUUGGAAAAAGACGUGUGCAAAUUUUUACUGGACAUGUCUUAUCCCUCGUUGGCCUGUAACGUUGUAUUACAUCGAAGGGAUGAUAAUCGAUUCGUUGAAAUCGUGAUUGAUGAUGAAUUUAUGGAGAAGAUUUGUUUUAUUUUAAGGAAUUCGAUUAACAACGAUUUGUUGUUGAAGACUUUAGAAACUGCUGCUAAAUUAACUGCGGAUGUAGAAGAAAAGAAUUAUUUAUGUAGAAUAGGUCACGAAGAAAAUUUAUUGCCUCUAACCGACGAGGUAUCGUUUAUUCUUUCGGCUAUUUCUUACAUAUUUACCCAAUUGAAAUUGGAUUACUUACCGGGAAUAUUCCAGUCUGUUACAAAAAUUCUUUCUGUUAUUGUUAAUUACAAAGAUGAAUUACAAGAAUCGGUGGAAUCCAUGUUGGAAUUCGAAUGUUACUUGAUAUCAAGCACGCCCUGCAUUAACAUAAAGCAAGAUUUAAAAUGUAUAUCGAGGCAAAAGGCCAAAAACGUAUUGAAUUUACUUAAAGCAACCAACAAAUUCGACCAAGCGAAUUUGAAUCAAAUAUUAGAGUGGUAUAAAUGA